AUGAGCUCCUCGCAGGAUCGUGUGGGCCGCGUGAUUAACCACAAGGAUUAUUACUUGCGUGGUGGGGACAUGAGUGUGUUGAUCGGGAACCAUCUCUACCGUAUACACAGUUUCUUCUUCUACCGUGAAUCAUUGGCAUGGCGUCAAAUGCUAGAUACCCCUCCCGAUGGCGGGGAACACGGCACGGCUGAUGCUCCGAGUCCUUUCACCCUUGACGAUGUCAAGAGCGAAGACUUUGAGCGCUUCCUCUGGGUGAUCUACAACCCCCAAUAUUCAAUCUACGAUGCUCCCUUUGAUACAUGGUUGAGCAUCCUGAAGCUCGCGGAUCGAUGGAGCUUCUGCAACAUCAAAGACCUCGCUGUUCGCGAGCUCGAGAAACUCAAUAUCGAGCCGAUCGAGAAGAUCGUGGCAUACCACGAAUAUAAGAUCAACAAAACGCUCCUUCUCCCUGCAUACACCGCGAUGUGCAAACGUGAUAAACCUCUGACUCUCGCAGAGGGCACGUCGCUCGGAAUGGAAACCGUCCUCCGCCUUGCGGAUGCACGCGAGCGUGCUCGGCAGCAAGCCGCGGAGAGCGGCAUUCGCUCGCCGACGUUCGAAGAUUUUGAGGAUGUACAAAUGGAGGAUAUGGUAAGGGAGGUGUUUGGCAUUCCUCCGAGACAGAUGUCGCCGGGCCAACACUCCAGAAACUCGUCUGGUGUAUUCAACGGUUUCGGCAGUUUCGGCGGAACGAAUGGCUUUGGCUUCAAUGGUCUUGCUCCAACAACACACAAGCCAUCUGAUCCCUUGCACGUAUCUACAGAGCCACUUUCACCUAAUGGCUCAACAACUAAGGCUGAUGGCAAGAAGCCACAACCUCCUCAAAAAGAUGAGAAACCGUCGUCUGAACCGAACGGGGCUUCCUCCCAGCAAGCCGGGUCUGGCGCCGCUGAUGGCAAAGGAGGCGCGGGGGGUAAGCCUAAUGGCGCAGGUGAGUAG